UUGAUCGUUUUGACCAAUUUCCCCCUAUUCUUUGAUCGUAGUAGCACUUGGUUGUGGCGGUGGGUGUUUUUACAGUGAUGUUUGAGGCGUGUCAGGGGCAGGUGAAGCUCCCUUCAAGUACCACAAACCUCGUGAUUCCCAGCCGAUGUGGAGGAAUCAAGGUGGAAAGCGCAACGUCCGCUUCGCCCUGAAAUCUGAAUUGGAUUCUUCUAAUUCUGAGGUUGAUCGUUCGCUUAAAGAAUUAAGUAUUCGCGAGGAGGUUGAUGGCGAGAACUGGACCAUGGGAACAAGGACGGUUUGGAGCUGAAGAAUGAAGUAGGAAAUGACACGGAAAAUAAUCAUGUGGAUGAUUCAAACAAGGAAGGGGACAAUAUUUUUAGUAGACUGCAUAAGCUAAUGAGGGAUGCAGGAGAGUCGGAAUUGUCAGAGGAACAGCUGAGUAUAAAUGAUCAAUUGCAAGGGGACGAGUUACUUGCAUUGGAGUCAAUUUAUGGAGAAGAUGUCUUCAACCUCGAGAGAUGGAAAGCUCUCCGAUGUUUUCAGAUACGCAUACACAUUGAAGUUUUAGAUGAAAUUUCCAUCACAGCUAAGCUGAAUUCUACUAAUGAGCAUAGGACUGCUAGCACCAAUGCAGAUGACUUCUCAUACUCUUUUGAAGUUCAAUAUCUUCCACCUAUUAUUUUGACAUGUUUAUUGCCAAGGUCAUACCCAAGCCAUCAACCACCGCUUUUUAUAAUUUCUGUUAAGUGGUUGGACUCCACAAGAAUUUCUAGCCUAUGCUCUAUGUUGGAUUCAAUAUGGACUGAGCAGCAAGGGCAGGAAGUUAUAUACCAGUGGGUAGAAUGGUUACAUGGUUCUUCUCUUUCUCAUCUGGGAUUUGAGAAAGAGAUUACUCUUGGUCCUUAUGGCAUGAAACAUGUUGGAGAUGAGCGCGCAGUCUCAGGAGCUGUGUCCCUAGAGUUUGAUAUUCCAUCAUUACAAAAUUACAACAAUGAGAGAGAUCACGAGAACUUCCUUAAAGAAAUGCAUGAAUGCUGCAUUUGCUUCAGUGUAUAUGCAGGUACAGAGUUUGCUCAAUUAUCGUGUCUGCAUUAUUUUUGCCUAAAAUGCUUGAAGACUUUUGCCCAGAUGCAUGUCAAAGAAGGCACCAUCAAUAAUCUUCAAUGUCCCAAUUCAAAAUGUGCUGUUAUGAUUCCACCUGGUCUGUUAAAACGCUUGCUUGAUGAUAAAGAGUAUGAACGCUGGGAAUCUUUGAUGUUGGAGAAAACACUUGCAUCAAUGUCUGAUGUUGCUUAUUGCCCAAGAUGUGAAACUCCUUGUAUAGAAGAUGAAGAACAGCAUGCUCAAUGCUCUAGAUGCUUCUUUAGCUUUUGUACCCUUUGUAGGGAGCGACGCCAUGUUGGCAUAGCAUGCAUGACCCUAGACAUGAAACUCAAAAUUUUACAAGAACGCCAGAAUUCAUCUCAAUUAAAGGAUGCUCAGAAGCUGAGGGAACGUGAAAUGAUUAAUGAAAUGCUCAGCAUCAAAGAAAUUCAUCGCGAUUCUAAGCUAUGCCCUUCUUGUCAAAUGGCUAUUUCCCGAACUGAAGGUUGCAAUAAAAUGGUUUGCGGUAAUUGUGGUCAAUAUUUCUGUUACCGCUGCAACAAAACACUUGAUGAAUCUGAUCCUUACGGACAUUUCAGGGAUGGGUACUGUGACUUGUUCCCACAAGAAGAGGCUUGGCAAGAACGCAUAAACUACCGUCAAGUGGUAGGACAGUUACAAGCUGAACUCUUUUUUCAACGUGGCCAGCGAUGUCCUAAUUGUCGUCAAUUUAAUGCAAAGAUUGGAAACAAUAACCACAUGUUUUGCUGGCAUGCCAAAGCCAUUAUUGCUACUCUUGCAAGGUGAUUGUUAGGCGUAGCACGCAGCAUUAUGGACCCAAGGGUUGCAAACAGCACUCCGAUGAUUAGUGAGGAGCACAAUUGUUGUAUCCUGGUGGAGAUGAAUUUGCUUACAAUGCAAGUUAUGAACUCAUCGAUAUACACGAUAUAAGAUAUGGCUACAAUUACAUGUCCAUGCAGGGCUGUCAGAAUAUAUUGGCAACUGGCUUUAGUUUUGGAAUAGACUGAGUGGAGAAAUUAAUGCAAUUGUGGACUGUUAGAUUGAUUUUGGUGGCCUAAAUUUAGCUUGUAUCAUUAAAUUUUGAUUUGAAGGAUUUAGAAUUGCUGUGAAGACAUAGUGAGGGGAAAUUAAGUUUCUUUUGAUCUGUUGUAGUUUGCGUGAUAAAUAUUAAUCAAUGAAUUCAUGCGUAUAUA